GCACUGAAUGAAGUCGUUCGUAGUUUCACUGAUAAUUCCUUAGUUUUCUGACUAGGCCUCCGCAUGACGUUGGCGCUUGACUUGCUUAAAACAGGAUGUUGUUCUUCGACAAUUGUGCGGUGAAAAGAUGCCCAGGAUGAAGCGAAAUGUUAAUUCAUGCAGGAGUUGAUGAAGUUCGAUAAAGUGGGUGGUCCAGUCAAGCUUGGGUCGACUGAAUGAAAUAUGAUCAAGUCUCAACAAUUCUUAAUUCCUAUCGCAAUUCCUUUCAUGGCUGCAAUCCGUUGAAAUUUGAUCAAACACACACGGCGAACACGGUCAAAUAUUUGGACUAGUGAAUUAUCUAAUUUGGCGAACUGUUCAUUUUGUACCGAGUGAUAAUGGUAAAGAUUUGGUGUGUAGUUGUUCUGCUGAUCGGUUUGGUGAAUGAAAUAGAGUCUCAGCCAAGAGCUGCUUUGGAUUACUACUGUGACCAUCCGGCAGACAUUGUCCUUCUCCUGGAUUCCUCAAAUUACUUUACAAAGGUCAACUUCGAAGAACAACGAAAAUUUUCUCAAAACUUCAUCACCUAUUUCAAGCUUCGAAGCAGUAGAAUUGGUCCGUCAAUCGCCAUCGUUCCCUACGGUAGCAAGCCGAUAAGUCGAUCGACGAUAGCAAAUUUCUUUUAUUCGAGAUCAAUCACAAGCCUGACGAGAAAGAUUAACAGGUUGAAAUUUCAGGGCGGCAAAAGCAAGCUCGAAGAUGCGUUACGUUUCGUGCGGGAUCGACUGUUCGUGCCCACGAUGGGCGCGCGUUCGUGGGUCCCGCGCGUGGUCGUCGCGAUCACCGGCAGUUGGCGAAGCUGGAACGUUCACCAAACUCAAGAGGUUCGCCGGGCUGCAAAGAGUCUACAACGCGAUGGUACCAAAUUGAUGAUCGCUUUCGUUGGUUCUGAAGAGAGGCGUGAGGCGCGGGAUAGAGCGUUGUUUGAGUCGAUGGUCGAGUCGAGGAACGAUUUAUUCAUGGUCAGAUACGCAUACGGUUUGACUCAGGUUGCAAAGAAAAUGGUUCAAGAUCUCUGCCCUGCACCUAAAAGUGUUAUACCAUGUCCUGUGACCGCAGACCUCGCAUUCAUCGUGGACUCGUCUGGCAGUAUCGGUGUAUCCAAUUAUGUGAAGACUAAGUACUUCGUGUAUUCAAUCGCCAAUGCUCUCAAUAUUUCUUCGUCAGGGGCGCAUGCUGGUGUGGUGAUAUACAGCGAGAUUGCCAAGCGACCUAUUAAAUUCACGGAUCAUAUGGAUAUUAAAAGUUUUAAGGAAGCAGUUUAUGAAUUAGAGUAUAUGGGAAAGAAAACCAGGAUAGAUCUCGGUCUCCAGAAAGCACACACUGAUCUAUUUUCACCGUUUUACGGUGGAGCGCGGCCAGACGUGAAGAAACUCGCGUUUAUCCUGACUGAUGGAAAACAGAAUCCAAAAGGUGAUGUAUCGUUAAAGGAUGCGGCAAAUAAACUGAUCAAGGAUGGUAUAAAAACAAUAUCCAUUGGAAUUGGCUCAGAGGUUGACAAAAACGAACUGCGAGCCAUGGUUCAAUACGACGAAGACGUUAUCACGGUCGCGAAUUUUGAUGAGCUUGUCAAAAAGAUCCAAAAUAUCACCCAAAUUACCUGCGAGGAGAUAAAGUUCACAAAGUGUCAUUAUCCCGCGGAUAUUGCGUUUGUCCUGGAUUCCUCCACGAACGUGGCUUACGAGGACUUCGAGAAGAUUAAGGGAUUUGUGAAAACGAUGGCGAAGCUGUUCCGAAUCUUUCAGCACGGCAGCCGUGGUGCGGUUAUUGUGUACGGAGACAGUGCUAGGGUCGCCAUCAGAAUGGACGAAUACAUUAAUUACCGUGGCUUCAUUGACGCCGUUGAUGGCCUGGGGCGGGUCGGAGGCCGCAGACGAAGUUUUCAAGCAAUGGCAUUAGCGGAGGAAGUCUUAUCAAACUACGAGCAAGGUGCUAGACGUAAAGUACCGAAGGUUCUCCUAAUGCUUACGGCCGGCCCCGAGAGCAGUAACAAUGACUAUAAUUCGCUGCAAGAAGUGACUACGAGGCUUCACGACCGUCACACGCUUGUGUUAGCCGUUGGAAUUUUACCAAAUGUGAACGUCCAAGAGCUUCACAGCGUGGUGCAAUCGUCUGUAAACGUGUUUGUGGCUCAGUCAUUCAAGGAGCUCAGAGACCAGCUGGUUCCUUUGACAAAUGAGACUUGUAAAAACGUUGGACCAGGCAAUUGCGAGGCUAAAGUCGAUAUCGCCUUCAUCCUUGAUUCCUCUGGGAGCAUAACGGAAGACGAGUUGGUUGAGGCAAAAAUCUUCGUGAAACGAGUCGCAAAAACGUUCGACAUAUCUCCGGAAAAGACGCAUACGGCUCUGAUGAUUUACAGCGACGAGGCGAAAAUUAUGAGCAAAUUUGGCGAAAUAACGUCAAUAGAAGACUUCGAGAGUAAAGUGGACGGCUUACCACACCUCAGAGGAAAGACUCGCAUCGAUCUGGCAUUACUGAAGGCUGGUAGGGAGUUAUUCACGUGGGCUGGUGGCAUGCGAAUCCGUUCUGACGUCAUCAAGGUUGCCAUAGUGAUCACGGACGGUCGGCAGACGCCGGCACCCGACGGCAUCCGACUUGAUGAGGCGGCAUCCGGUUUGAUAGUGCAAGGAGUAAAAGUUCUGUCCAUUGGAAUCGGUGACAAAAUUGACCAGGAGGAAUUAAGAAUGAUGGUCAAGGAACCGUUUCGUCAUACAUUCUGGUCCGAGUCCUACACGGCCUUGCGUGUGCAGCUCGCAACAAUCGCGCGAGAGAGUUGCUCCCUUCCUACUUAUGCAAAUUGACUGUAACUUUUUACCGGUUAUAAUCUUUACCUAUUUUACUAUUUUUUACUUAUUUUAUAAUUUUCCAAAUGCAUGCCACUCCUUGACUGUAGGAAUUGUAAACUUCAAAUUUUGAUCAAAAACUGUCUAAAAACUUUUAAAAUAGUUUUAAUUAUUAGUUAAUAAUACUAACCUUAUUGGGUUACUUACCAGAUUUGGGCAAUUUAAAAGUUGAAAUAGGAUUGGACAGAAUUGAAUUUGAAAACUGUCCGGGAUCUUUUUGACAAUAAAUUCUUUAGCACUUGUUAGUCUUCAUUAAAAACUAGUGGUGGAGACAAGGAUUUCGCAAGUCCGAAGUCGAAGCUACUAAUUCGAAAAAAAUGUUUUGCC